AUGGCACCAAGUUUUCGUGAAAGAUUACCUUCAGGGCUAAAACCGAUUUCUUUUCAAGGAUUGCCGGAUCUAGGAAUACAUCCCUUCGUAAUUCUUCCUGGAAGACAACUAACAACUACGAUAGGAUCUACUACAACGAAAGUUCGAUCAAUAAAGUUACCAAAGUAUCCGUUCGAUGUAAAUAAUUCAAAAAUUCAAGGUUACAAACCAGCUGGAAGAUUGAAUUUCAAUUCUAAACCACUUACUCCACCAUUGACGCCCACAAAUGGAUCGUUUUCACCUUUGUCACCCGAUUCAUCGAAAAUGGACCUAGACGAACAUCGAACAUUUGACAUGGGUUCUGAUUUAACAAAUGAAGUUCAGACUACUGAUCAUAAUCACUCUGAGUCACAAAUAUUGAUAGAACAUAACGGACUAGAUAAGCCUAAUCAGGGUGGUACGAACGAGAUGCAAACUAAUCAUGUAUCCGAUGGCCGUGCUCGAAGUAUAAAGAGAGUAAUACGAUAUAGGCCGUUGAAAAAUUAUGAAAUAUUCGAUCUUCAUUCUUCCAAAUUUGCAAUUGAGUUAAGACAACAAAUUCAAGCGGAUUCGCCAGAAUUUGCCGAAUCAAAGAAUUACUCGCAGGAUUCCAGAAUUAAAUUUAUAAAAUCCAUUAAAGAAUUCGUUAAAGCUUCACGGAAAAAUAAUCUGUUACGAGAAGUUGAACUUGUUAUCAGUGAUCUAGAAACUGGUUUGUCUAAUUCCACUGAUCGUUCUAUAAAGAAAGUUAUAAUAUGA